AUGGAACGAAUAAAACGACAGUUAGACGACAUUGUUUACGAUAAUAACGACAACAAGAAACAAAAAGUAGAACAUGAAUUAAUAAAACACAAACCUUAUUUUGAAAAUUUAGCAAAUGAAACUAUUUAUGAAAUAUUUCAAUAUCUCGAUGUUUAUCAUGCUUACGAAGGAUUUUUUAAUCUUAAUCGACGAUUUAAAAAUUUAGUUGUGCAUAGAAAUCUUUUCGUUCAAAUAAAUGUUACGACAAUGUCAAAAUCAAAUCUUGAUGAUUAUCAUAACAAUAUGAUUAAACCAAAUAAAUAUCGAAUUAACUACAUGCGUUUAUCGAAUCCAUUUACUGUUGAUCUUAUUUUCUCACCGCCACGUACUAUUUGUGAUUACAUUCAACUUGAAACAUUAGUUUUGGAUAAUAUUGAUACAAAAUAUCUUGUUAAUAUUCUCAAACAUUUAAGCUUUUCACCGAAAUUACAUUCAUUAGUUUUUAGUCUUGCGGAUUAUGUUCAACAGCCUGCUUCUCUUUUUCACCACAUAUUUUGUUUAUCGAAAUUAAAAUAUUGCAAAGUAACAUAUCAAGAACAAUAUGAUAAACAACCAAUAGAAUUUUAUUUGAAUAAAACACAAAGUCCUAUCGAAUAUCUUAUUAUCAAUAAUCGUUUUUCCCUUGAGUCACUUCAUGAUAUAUUGUGUUGUCUUCCAAAACUUCGUUAUUUAUCAAUUGAUUGUCUUGUUGGAGCGAAUGCUUCAUAUAUUUAUCAAUUGUCUACUACAUUAAAACAUUUAAAACACGUUUCGAUUAAAGUCGAUCAUCUACGUUUCUAUUUAUUCCAACAGUUAAUCAAAACAUAUUUUAGUUCUAUUGAAGUUUUACAUCUUACAACACAUGAUCCAACAUAUUUGGCUCCAGGCCAAUGGGAACAAUUAAUCUUAUCUUCAAUGCCGAAUCUACGUAUUUUUGAUAUAUAUCAUACUAAUAUUGUACAAAAAGAUGAUUUAAUAUAUCUUCUUUCAAUUUAUCAAUUUGAUUCGUCGUUUUGGACUCAACGAAAGUGGUUUAUAACACAUAAACACAAUACAGAAAUAAAAUUAGAUCGUCUAAUACUUUAUUCAACAAAUCCAUAUAGAAGAGAAGAUUAUACAUUUUAUUCGGAUUUCUAUCCUCAACUUCAUUUACAUAGUCAAGAAAAGAAUUUCAAUUCAGUUAAACAUGUUCAUAUUUCCAGUAAAUAUCUAUCGAAUUAUAAUCUAAAUUGUUUUCCAAAUGUUAACGAAUUAACUAUUGAAGAGCAUUUUAACACAUCUGAUAAUUCAAUUUCAACAACUCUUAGCCAUAUUCUUCCUUUGAAACAAUUGACUAAGUUAACUAUUAAAAGGGCGAAUUUUACUUCUGAACAAAUUAUUGACUUAAUCCGUCUGACACCUAAUUUAUCGGUAUUAAAAUUAGAUUCAUUAUCGUUUAAUGGAAUUCAACAAAAUGAAAAUUUUCAAUACGUAUCAAAUACAAAUAAAAUUAAUACUAUAGAAAUUCGUCAAUCUUGUAGUUUAGAAAAUUUUCAAAUAAUUCUUGAUUUAUUUCGACAAGUUGAAUAUCUUAAAAUUGGAAUGAAUAGAAAAGAAGUCAAUCAAAUUAUACGAUUUUUAUCUUCAAAAAUUAAUAAUAAAACAUGUCGUUUAUGCUUUUUGUGUAUUUUACAAAUACCUAAAGUAUGUCUACGAGAAUUAAAUGCAUUAAUUAGAUCAGAACACUUAUUCAAGAAUUAUUCUAUCAAGUAUAUUAAUCGUGACUUAUAUUUAUGGUGGUAG